UUGAUUUUGUCAUGCAUGGACAGACAAAAAUGUUUUCAUGUGGUUUAAGCCUUCCACGAUCACUCCUCCAACUUCCUCUUUCUUCUUAAAAAAAUCCAUUCUCUGUUUCUCUCUCACUGUCAUUCAGUUUCCUCAAUGGAUGUUCUUGAUCAAUGAUGAUGAUUAUGCUGAUGAUGAUGAUGAUGAUAUCAACAAUAAUAUCAACUCCCGUGGAAUCAGGAGAUCUUUUCUCUAUAAAUACUGACCGUAUCUCCCGAUAAUACCGCUUCUUGACAGCUUUGCAAUAUUUGUUUGUUACACUACAGGGUUCGCAAACCUGUGACUCAAUUUUGGAAUUACGAACUUCGUAUUACUUCUUCCUGACGAAAUUAGGUAAUUUGUUUUUUUGUUUUUGAAAGUAUGCCGGGGAAUAAGUACAAUGGGUAUCCAUCGAUACCUCCAACAAGAUUGGAAAGAUUAUUGAGAGAAAGAGAGUUAAGAAAAUUCAAUAGGACAUUUCAACCUCAUGAUGAUAGUAAUGAAGGUAAUAAUAGGGAUUCUGAGUUCUUGGAUAAUGAUUUGGGUUUGAGAGAUAGUAAUAAUUGGGAUACACCUUAUGAAGAAGAGUUCCUGGAACCAGCUUCAGCAACAAGAGCACUUAAUGAAGGAUAUGAAAGAAAAGAUGGUAGACCUACUAAACAAAGGCUUUUAGUCGUUGCAAAUAGGUUGCCGGUAUCUGCUGUUCGGAGAGGGGAGGAUUCUUGGUCGUUAGAGAUAAGCGCUGGUGGUCUUGUCAGUGCUCUUCUAGGUGUGAAGGAAUUUGAAGCAAAGUGGAUCGGAUGGGCAGGGGUAAAUGUUCCAGAUGAAAUUGGGCAGAGGGCCCUCACUAAAGCGCUGGCUGAAAAGAGAUGCAUUCCGGUGUUCCUUGACGAAGAAAUAGUACAUCAGUACUAUAAUGGAUAUUGCAACAACAUCCUGUGGCCUCUUUUCCACUACCUCGGACUUCCACAAGAAGAUCGUCUUGCAACAACUCGUAGUUUCCAGUCACAAUUCGAUGCAUACAAGAAAGCAAAUCAGAUGUUUGCCGAUGUUGUGAAUCAGCAUUAUGAAGAGGGGGAUGUGGUCUGGUGCCAUGAUUACCAUCUUAUGUUCCUUCCUAAAUGUUUGAAGGAGUAUAACAGCACAAUGAAAGUUGGAUGGUUUCUUCACACACCCUUUCCUUCAUCAGAAAUCCAUAGGACGUUACCCUCACGAUCAGAGCUAUUGAGAUCUGUCCUUGCUGCAGACUUAGUCGGUUUCCACACAUACGAUUACGCGAGGCACUUUGUCAGUGCUUGCACUCGUAUUCUUGGGCUAGAGGGCACACCUGAAGGUGUUGAAGAUCAAGGAAAGCUGACCAGGGUGGCUGCGUUUCCAAUUGGUAUAGAUUCUGAUCGGUUCAUUCGAGCACUUGAACUUCCAAAAGUCCAAGAUCAUAUUAGAGAACUGAAAGAAAGAUUUGCUGGUAGAAAGGUAAUGUUAGGUGUAGAUCGCCUUGAUAUGAUCAAAGGAAUCCCCCAAAAGAUAUUGGCGUUUGAGAAGUUCCUCGAGGAAAAUCCAAGUUGGCAUGAUAAAGUAGUAUUGCUGCAAAUUGCAGUGCCCACAAGAACAGAUGUUCCUGAGUAUCAGAAGCUUACUAGCCAGGUUCAUGAAAUUGUUGGACGCAUUAAUGGACGAUUUGGAACUUUGACUGCUGUUCCAAUACACCACCUGGAUCGAUCCCUGGAUUUUCAUGCGUUGUGUGCCCUAUAUGCAGUCACUGAUGUGGCUCUUGUGACGUCUUUGAGGGAUGGAAUGAACCUAGUCAGUUACGAGUUUGUUGCGUGCCAAGAUUCAAAGAAAGGAGUUCUCAUCCUCAGUGAGUUUGCCGGAGCAGCACAAUCACUUGGUGCAGGUGCUAUACUCGUUAACCCAUGGAACAUCACAGAAGUUGCAUCCUCCAUUGGUUAUGCUUUGAAUAUGCCUGCUGAUGAAAGAGAAAAAAGGCACCGACAUAACUUCAUGCAUGUGACCACCCACACUGCUCAAGAUUGGGCAGAAACCUUCGUCAGUGAACUGAAUGAUACCAUUGUGGAAGCUCAACUAAGGAUGAGACAAGUUCCACCAAUUCUUCCAAUCAAAGCUGCAGUCGAACGCUACCUGCAAUCUAGGAAUCGAUUGCUCAUACUGGGUUUUAAUUCGACGUUGACUGAACCGGUGGACACUCCUGGGAGAAGAGGAGGUGAUCAAAUAAAAGAAAUGGAGCUUAAAUUGCACCCAGAUUUGAAAGAACCACUGAGAAAUCUUUGCAGUGAUCCAAGAACAACAAUUGUUGUCGUCAGUGGAAGUGACAGAAGUGUUCUAGAUGAAAAUUUCGGAGAUUACGAUAUGUGGUUAGCAGCAGAAAAUGGGAUGUUUUUGCGACCUACAAAUGGGGAUUGGAUGACAACAAUGCCAGAACAUCUCAAUAUGGAUUGGGUUGACAGUGUCAAGCAUGUUUUCGAGUAUUUCACAGAAAGAACACCACGAUCUCAUUUUGAACUUCGUGAGACUUCACUCGUUUGGAAUUACAAAUACGCAGAUGUUGAAUUUGGGAGGCUCCAAGCAAGGGAUAUGUUACAACAUCUAUGGACUGGCCCAAUUUCUAAUGCUGCUGUUGAUGUUGUCCAAGGCAGCCGUUCAGUUGAGGUCCGAUCUGUUGGUGUCACAAAGGGGGCAGCUGUUGACCGUAUCUUAGGAGAGAUUGUUCAUAACAAAUGCAUGGUCACGCCAAUUGAUUAUGUCCUGUGUGUUGGGCAUUUUCUAGGAAAGGAUGAAGACAUAUACACAUUUUUCGAGCCAGAACUUCCAUCUGAAUCCGCAGCUACUUCAAGGAGCAAGGUUGUCGAUCCAGUGAAGACAUCUCUAGUAGAUCAGAAACGGACUACUCCAAAGAUAAUGCCUCAUAAAAAUGGGUCGAAAACUUCGCAGAAUAGCAGAACACAUAAGUCCUCCUCUGUGAGCCUUGAGAAAAGAAACACUCAUCAAAACAGCUCCAGUGCAUUGCGCGCAGCACCAGAGACUAUCACCUGGAAUGAGGGUUCAUCAGUUCUUGACCUCAAGGGCGAGAAUUAUUUCUCUUGUGCCGUUGGUCGGAAAAGGUCCAAUGCACGAUACCUACUUAGCUCAGCAGAUGAUGUUGUCACAUUUUUACAGGAUUUAGCUUCAGCAUCUUGAAGUAAAAUAAAUAACUUUGUGCAUAAAUUUCUUGGGUGAAACCUGACUAACCAAGUGCUGGAUUCUGGAGACAAGAUGGGCAUAACUCCGUGCUGUCAACUGAUCACUAGAAGCGAUGAUAAUAAUGUCUCCUCUUCCAGGGUUUUACCUGUUGUUUCCAUGGUUCAAAUUUAUUUGGUAGAUCACUGUAGAAUUUUUAUGUUUGCAAGUCUUGAAGACCUAAUUGAAUAUUGUAACCCAUAACUUAAUUUAAGCUUUAAUGUCCAUAUUACA